AAACUAUACGAGAUCGUACGAGACUACAACGUCACGCAUCAAAGUCUUGAUGUAAACAUUCAUGAAAACUUUCCCAGUCUACACAAGGAGAGUGUGUGAACAUUGGUAUUUUGGAGAUCAUCAACCAGCAUAAAUGAGAGGGCAACCUCACAAAGUGUAGGCUUGGGGAGCUAUGACUGACAGUGAUUUGGCAGGCACCACCACAUUAAAAACUGCCAUUGCAACGUCGGAUGUAGCAGAGGGUUAUAGUAGCAGAGGUAGUGGUGAAAGUGGUGAUAAAACUAAGGAGAACAACAACCUGAAAGAUCCCACCAUGCUGAGCACCGGUUUCGUCCAAAUGAAAACUUCAAAAGUGACUCAAAGGCCCCAGGGAGAUGAUAGGGAGAUGGCUCCCAGUGACAGUGGUGUAAAAGACGCUUCUGUAGUCAAAGGGCAAUCUUUGUCAAGUUUGCCUAAAGAUGAAAGGAAUAAGCAGACUGAAAACACGCCUUUAGUCAUAGUGAAUGGAGAACAUGAUAGAAGCGAGUUGGAAGACACUGUGGAAGUGACCAUGCGUGAGUUCAAAAGCGACACAUACCCCCGCAGACGGAGAAGUGCAUCCAUGGCGGAGGUGAAAGAACAGGCCUAUGGCCGACUGCAAGACGAACUCAACAAGGCUCAACAGGAGUUAAAACUUAAAGACGAGGAAUGUGAAAAGCUUUUAGAGGUGCGAGAUCAAAUGGGAAGAGAAUUAGAAGAACUUACUGCAAGUCUGUUUGAGGAAGCAAACAAUAUGGUGCAGGACGCCAAUAUCAAACGGAUGCAUGCAGAAAAACUGCUGAAGGAAGCCAACACUAAGAUAGAGGUUUUACAAGCAGAAGUUGUGGCCCUGAAAGCCUUAGUGAUCACAUCCACCCCCAGUAUGCCAAAUAAACACCUCCAUCCUCAGCUGGAGCAUGAAAAGAAAAAGAAAGAGGGCAGUGCUUCGCCCAAGCUUAGUUUUAUCAAAGGACACAGGAGGUCUACAAGUCAUCAUGACAUCAAAGCAGUUGCUGUGGAGCCUGUGAAAUCUGAGGAAAUACAGAAAAAGGAGGCUGACCCAAUCUUCCUGCACGAAUUCAGAGAAUGGAAAAAGGAUCCCAAUCACAAUAAUUCUAAUGCAUUUAUCACCAGAGUAGAACAAGAAGAUGUCAUUCCAUGUUUAUGCUUUACAAAUAAAGAACUUUCCUCCAGAGUCCUUGCCACAGUUCAGAACAACUCCUUAACUAUUGAGCCCAUUCCAGGAAAUGUCCAGGGAAAUGGAAAUAUCCCAAAAAAAUGUGCCUUGUCUGAGGCCCCAAGGAUAUGCAAGUUCAGAAUGAAAUGUGGGGAUUCAGAAACAUGGUAUUUUGUAUCAGAAGCAGCCAGAAAUAGAAUCACUGCUGUCUGUGACUUGUACACAUAUCUGAGGUACAUAAAACAAGGCCUAGUGAAAAGUGAAGACACUGACAUGUAUUGGCACAUUAUCAAGUUGAGGAAAGCAAUGGCUAUGGCAAGGUUAGGGCUUUCAUCAUGAUGUUGGAAAUGGUUUUCCAGUGGAACUUUUCAUUCUUCAUUUUCAUGAUCAUUCAUCACCAUAGAGAAGCCAGCUUUAGACAUGCUCAAUGGCCUUCAAUCUUAACUGCCCUGGCCAUUUUUUUCAAGGGGCAUUCUGUCGCUUGAUCGAUUGGCACAUUCUCAUGUAUGGACAAUAAUUAGUCCUCAAAAACUAUACCUCAGUUGCCGUGGUUCUGCUGUCUUUAAUGGAAACAUAUGCAAGACUGUUGGCAUUUUUUGACCUAGAAAGAGGGAGAAGUGUGGUGUACUUAGUAACAACAGACAAAAAAACUAUUGGGCAAGCAUAACUGAUUCUUGUAAACUGGAGGAUUUCUGAAAUGUGACACAGUCAUGGAUGUAUGAACUGAAUAUUAGUUGAAACUCUCUCUCUCUUUUUUAUUAUUAUUAUUUUUUAUUAUUAUUUAUUUAUUUUAUUUAUUUUUGCCCAAUGCUCUUGUUCCUUUUUAUGUACAGACCUCUUUCAUGACCAGGGCUUUAUAACAAGCAUUCUGCGAUUCACUUAAGAUCUUCCUACAUGUGAUAAUCUUAUAAAAAUGAAAAUGAAUCCAUCAAAACCCUUGACGUUUGAACACAACAUCAUUAUUCUGUUCAGAGAAUUAUUUCAUAAUUUAACAGACACGGGUUGAAACACAAUAUAUGAAUAUUCAUAUCUGAGCAAAUAUGGCCAGUAAUCUGAUUUUUUAAGCAAAGUUUAUGAUCAGCAGUAGUUAAAAGUUCAAUACGUCAUGACAUUAUUAAAAGUUGCUAGUCAUUACCAAAAUGAUAAUUCUAAUUACCCUCAAUUAUUGUAGAACAUCAAAAUAAGUCUACUAUACUUUGUUAAAGAUAAGGCAAAUUUGUGAGUAAUCAUGUCAGUUCUUGUUCGUGAAUAGAAAGACUGUCUCAUCAUUAUUUUUCCCCUUAAGUGCUGGUCACUUAUCAUAUUUAGAAAAUGGUACAUAUAAUAAUUAUAUGGAAUUAAGAAUUGGAACCCUAAUUACAUCAAAAAUAACAUCAUGCACCCUAUUGCACAAGUACUUUACUCACUGCUAUAUAUUUCUCAAGAAUCUGGAAAAUCAAGUUUUAAAAUAUCAAAAGUAGUGAGUCAGGUCAUUAGUGAUUGUGCACAAAGUUUAUCUUUAUUGUUUCUAUGAAAGAAAGGUGAUACUGUUUAUGAAAUGUAUUUUUAUGAUGCAGUGGAAAAUGUUUCUUUAUACAGAAGACUGCUGAGAGUAGAUGAAUUUGAUAUGAAUAAGACAAAAAUUAUUGCUAAAUUUCAUUUAACAGGUAUUUCCAAUAUAUAUAAUCAUGUACUCUUUUACUAUUGUAGAUUAAGAAUCAUAUUGCACUGUCUAUUCUUAAACAGGAAAUACAGAACUGAUAUACAAUCAA